ACCACAUAUCCAACAUAAUAGAACCGAAACUGUUUUGGGGUGGACUAUCCCUUUAAAAGCUCAAAAGCAUAAAAAACAGUGAAGCAUGGAUGACACUUGACUUUUCCUAAAUUUAUGAGAACCGGUAAUUAAAUAGAUAUCAACUUCAACAUGUUCAAAUGUCCAACAUGAAAUCAGAGGACCCAGGCAUGAAAAAUGAAUAUGCAAAAUAUUUGUUUUACUGCAUUUUACCAAAGUCCUUAUGUGGUAAAACACAAACACUGUUUUUGAUUACACCUUUUUCAACAGAACACAGCUGUGUGCUAAAACAGAGGGCUGCAGUUUCAAUGUGGGAUUUAAUUAGGAUUUUUUUUGAAGGCAAUAUAAUUGGAACGUUUUUCAGUACCUAUAAUUAUUUAUAACAAAUGGGUCUCUGGUGAAGUCCAUGUCAACAGAUACACCGCCGCGAUCGAGUCCAUGUGCGAGCGAGUCUCUCUCGCCCUCGAUAUCUGAAGGCACCUCCUUCUUGCGCCUCAGGUUUGCUUGAUAAACCUCAGCUCCUCAAACCACCAGUUACUCCUGCACAGGAGAGAACAGUACAUCUGAAAGCGCCGUAUCGAGCUACAGUCACGGACACAGGGUUCGCGCCAGUCAUACACGGUUUCACAGAUCAUCAGUUCUGUGGUAUGCCAGAAAACAAGAUGAGACAACUCGGAAACUAAAAGAAAAUUGGUGUUGGGAAGGAGCAGUCUUACGCUUGACAUUUCCACUUCAUUUUCUCACUUCCCUGGAGAGUAAGCCAGACAGAGCGGUCAUCAUACAUUUCAAGAGACUCAACUGCAACUGAGCGGCGAUGGAGCGGUCUCAUCUGAACAACAGCUCUGGGUCUUGGUUAUUAGAGGAUCCCGUCUGUCCAACCUCUCUCAGCAGCACCACUUUCCUUAUUGUAGCAUACAGCACCAUGUUAGCGGUGGGCCUGGUGGGCAACACUUGCCUGGUCUUAGUCAUCACACGACAGAAAGAGAUGCGCAACGUGACCAACAUCUUCAUCGUCAACCUCUCAUGCUCUGAUAUCCUUGUUUGCCUGGUGUGUUUGCCGGUCACCAUUAUCUACACCCUAAUGGAUCGCUGGAUUUUGGGCGAAGCUCUGUGUAAGGUGACACCAUUCGUCCAGUGUAUGUCCGUCACAGUUUCGAUUUUCUCCAUGGUUCUCAUCGCCUUGGAAAGGCACCAGCUCAUCAUCCAUCCCACCGGUUGGAAGCCAGUCGUCAGACACUCCUACCUGGCUGUAGCGGUUAUUUGGAUCGUAGCGUGUUUUAUCUCCCUUCCAUUCCUUUCCUUCAACAUCCUCACAAACUCGCCCUUCCACAACCUCAGUCUUCCCUUCAACCCCUUCAGCGAUCACUUCAUCUGCAUAGAGCAGUGGCCGUCUGAGGGCAACCGGCUCACUUAUACCACAACGCUGCUGCUGUGCCAGUACUGCUUACCGUUGGCGCUCAUUCUAGUCUGCUAUUUCCGCAUAUUCCUGCGUCUCAGCCGGCGUAAAGACAUGGUCGAAAGGGCUCGAGGUGGACGGCAGAAAAAGGCCAAAGGCUCAAAGCGAGUCAACGCCAUGCUAGCCUCAAUCGUAGCAGCUUUCGCCCUCUGUUGGCUGCCGCUGAAUGUUUUCAACACAAUUUUUGACUGGAACCACGAGGCCAUUCCCGCAUGCCAGCAUGAUGCUAUUUUCUCAGCUUGUCACCUCACCGCCAUGGCGUCGACAUGUGUCAAUCCAGUGAUCUAUGGGUUCCUGAACAAUAACUUCCAGAAGGAGCUGAAAUCGCUGCUUUCCAGAUGCCGCUGCUGGGGGCCGCCCGAGAGUUACGAGAGUUUCCCUUUGUCCACGGUCAGUACGGGCAUUACUAAAGGCUCCAUCCUGAGCAAUGGCUCCACUAGCACUUACCAACCGCACAAGAAAAACAGUUUGGAACAGAAAGAGGCCAUUUAAUGUACUAGAAGACGAUUUUUACGUUUCUUCAAGCACUCAGAGAUGGCUUGAGAACACUGUCAGCCAAUCUGUGCAAGUUUCAUGACGGAAUUUGAGGUGCAGAAUCCCAAUUUGGACAGUGAAAGUCUGUGAUAUUUCAAGAUUUAAAGAUGUCCACUUGUCUUCUUUUAACACGGAAAUGGUCUGAAACAUAUAAGGAAUGGUUAAUUGUUGCUGGGAUCUGCAGAUGAGGACCAAGUAAAUUGUGUUGAUGUUUUAACCACUGCUGAAAUGGCCAAUUAAACAUGUUGGUGUUGUGCUCAUUAUAUGGUGAGUUCUCAGUGGCACAGAAAACUAUUUUCCCUAUUUAGAGCAAGGUUCUCUCUCUGAGACGUUAUAAUGAAAUACUGAGUGAAGGCCUUUUCUUCUCACUGUCUUUGUCCAGGUUAGGCCUGUGGAGGAAGUAUAUGACUUAGUAACAGCAAAAGACAUGAACUAUUUAGAUUCUUGUCACUAUUAAAUGGAUAAUUCACCUAAAAUACACAUUCAGUCAUCAUUUACUCACCCUUGUGUCAUCUGUGUGACUUUCUUUCUGCCGUGGAACAUAAAAGUAGAUAUUCUGAAGACUGUGUUUGUCGCUCUUUUCAUGUAAUUGCAAUGAAAGUGGACUGAAGCUGUCAAAAAGGACAGAGAAACACUAUAAAAAUAUCCUAAACCUAGAUCGUAUGACCUGUGUGCUUUGUUCCAAGUCUUCUGAAAUCAAACAAUAGCCUUGACAGGAAAAUUAUGUCAUUAUCAACUGAAAAUCUUCCCCGUAGUCAGCUGUUAAUGACUCCAGAUCCAGAUCAUUAUGUUUUGGAAAAUGGAUCAAUCAGACUGCCAUUUUGAUCCAUUUGGAUUCAAUGUAAACAUCUGAUUCAAAAUAAUGAUUCAUUCUCUCAUAAACUCUUUGAACAUGCUAAAGGAGCGCUAGGGCGGAUGACUUAAAUUUCUGUCUGUUUCUCAUCCAGAGCUAUCAUUUGGCUUCACAAGACCUGAAAUACAGCACAUGACUCAUAUGGACCACUUUUCUGAUACUUUUAUAGUACUUUGUUGUCCCUUUUGAAGCUUAAAAGCUUCAAUCCAAAUUUGUUGCAACUGCAUGGAAAAAAACAACCGUUCUCCUUUUCUGUUUCAUAAGAAAAGAAAGUAAAUGGUAUGGAAGCUUGUUUUUGCCACGGAAUAAAACAAUUUAAAAGAUAAUUGUCACUUUUUAUCUCGUAAUUCUGACUUAUUUUUUCCUCAGAAUUGCGAGAUUUAAUUCUGAGGGAAAAAAGACUGACUUUUUUCUCAGAGUUGCGAGUUUAUAUCACACAAUUCUGACUUUAUAACACACAACUGAGAUAUUAUAAAAGCCAUAUCGCAAGAAAAAAAGUCAGAAUUGCCAGAUAAAAAGUCAAUUACCUUUUUUAUUUUUUAUAUAAUGGCAGAAACAAGCUUCCAUAAAUUUAAAUUUGGAACGACAUGAAGGUGAGUAACUGGUGACACAAAUUUCAACUAUUUCUUUAAAGGAAGGUGCAGAACUAGCAAUAUGUGUAUAAUGUGUACAUUUGAAACACAUAUAAGAGUUAUUUAUAAUAGUUAUAAUCCAACACCACGACUAUAUAAGCACAUUGUGUCAUUGAUUAGGAUUAGAAUGUCUGCUCUUUUUAAAUUGAUAUGUACUAUAAUUUACACAUUUUGUUGCUAUGUGUGACAGCUGUAAUGUGUUUCACUGCUCUAAAUGUUAGUCAAUAUAAAUACGCUGUGUCCUCCUUUGCCAAAGCUAUUCAAGUGAAUUAUAGAUUAAGUUCCUCAUUUGUACUUUCACUGAGGCUCAAAACAAAGCAAAGUGCAUGCAAGUAAUAUCUGUAAUAUGUAUAUGUGGCCAAAACGUCAUAUCAUUUUAUUUAGUUAUUAGAAUAAUAACACUUUGAAACACUCUGCAAAUGUCAGACAUCUAGUCACAUGUUGGAAAUGAUCGAUCAACUUUAUUUGAAGUUUCUGGGCUAGUAUUCCGGUCACUAAUUUACAAUUAAAUUGGAUUAAGAUUACUAAAAUGCCACUUAUCUUAGUGUACCCUUGUGAAAAAGAAGUGUGCUUAACUGUAUUGAAUGUGAACUUGUAAUGUACUUUAAAUUGUAAAAGUGUAUUUUUAAAACAACUGAACUUGCAGUUAAUAUCAAUUAAACAAAAGGCCACUUAAGUGCACUUGAAGUAUGCUUUCAUGCUGUUUCUUAACAUACUUAAAUACACUUUUGUAAUGUCAAAUUAGAGGUUUUGUUUUAAACUAGCUUUUAAUCAUCAUGAAUCACUAAAAUCACAUAAUUUUGUUGUGCUUUAAAGAAGUACACUUAUUUUGAUGUGUUGACUAACAUACUAAAGCACAUGUAAAGUAUUUGAUUAUAAUUUUAAUUGUAGUGUGUUCAUUAAAAAUUGUAACUUCAUCAUUACAAAUGUGUAAUUACAAAUAUUUUAAAUACAUGACCUACAAAUUUAAAUAGCAAUGACAUUAAAGUCAUUACUUGUCAGUAAAUUUGGCAGUAGUGUUUAUAUUUCAAAGACAAUAGAAGUAUUUAUGAAAUGACAUAUAAAGAUGUACUUAAGUCCUACUUAAGUGGGUCAAAUAACACACAAAAUUUAAUAUAAAUGCAAAUUAUAAUUAUAUAUAUUCAUUUAAUUCCAAUUAACAUGCACUUAAGUGUCCUAAAACAUUCAGUUCAAUAUAUCCUUAUAAAGUCUACUUUUUCCAUAAUAAUUCCCUUUUUUAAAGGUAUGCUAAAGUGUUCUUUUUCACAAGGGUAUACUUCGACAUGGAUCAUUAUACACUAAUAUCUUGCCAUCCUUAUGUUUUUAUACUUUUGAAAUACCUAUAUCUGUUAUCUGUCACUGUAUUGCCAACCAUAACAUGUUGUUAUUGCCCUGUCCCAAAUGACACCAUCAACCCUCGCAGUCCUCAUAGUCAAUGUUUUGGCGGCACAAUGCCACAUAAGCUGCUAAAAAGUAGCCUGCUGUGAAGGCUUCGCAAAACGACACAUAGUAUCGUACUAAAUCAUGAAACAUGACAAAUGUGACACCUCGACAAAAACUUGUGCAUCAUUUGGGACAGGGCCUAAGUUCUCACUGAUGAUAUCUAGCUUGAUAUUAAUCAGAUAUUUCCUCUCUGUUACAGUUCAGACCAUAGAGAAACACUGCUCUUAUUAUUUAUUAAGCAAAGCUGUUAGCACUGAGAGCACAUUGACUAGCGUUUGUUCGCUUUUUUUCACAUGCCGUGUAGCUCUACAUGCUUACUUUUAUUGAUUUUAUUCAUUGUGUUUUGCUGAAAUGGUCCAUGUUGUUUUUAAGGCCUGACUGAAUGGGAAGAUUUAUGCUUUAACUAUACUAGCUUGAGUUUUUCAAAAGCAUGGUUGCAUUGAGAGUUUCUGAAGAGUGAAAGGCAUUAAUGUGUAGCCAUAAAAACAUUGUAACCAUUCACCUGGAAAAGUUUAAACAUUCAGUCACCAUUUAAAAAGAUAUUUAUGGUGUGAUACAAUAUAUUUCAGAAGCAUCAACUCUUGGUGAGUAGUUUUCCUCUCUCUGUUUCUCUCUCUCUCUCUCUUCUUUUCAAACAUUGGAGGGUCAGUUAUUGACUGGAAAGCGGACAAUGUGGGAAGCCUAUAUUUCAGCAAUAGACCUUUAGAAAAUUGCUUUGAGGUAUUUAUGUGAAUCAAUAUUUUUUUCUCAUUUUGCUGGCCACAAUAGUGGCGUGUGCCUGAGGUCAGCUGGCUGUUUAGCAUCAAGUUGGUAUCUGGACUGCUCGCAAUAAAGCAUUUACAAUAGACCUACCAUAAACACAAAGUCAUAUACGGCAGAUUUCCAUUCGUGAGGCUGAAAUAUACAGUAUAAUAACGCUGUUUACAAACCCAGUGAAGUAUUCAAAAAUCACCUGGAUAAAUUGCAGCUCUCAACACUAUACGCACCUAAUUUUAUAUUAUAACACAAUACUAAAUGUUCUUUUAUAUAUCAUUGAGCAUUCACAUCUGUAUAAUUUGUUGUUCAGGACAAAGGAAUGUGUCAUACAUAGCUUACAGAAAUGAGAAAUCAUAAUUCAUGUAACAUACUCAACAAGAUUUAGUGUCUUAAAUCAGGUUAGGUAGUUCUACAUGAUCUGGAAUCAUUAUUUGACUCAUUAUGGCCUCAUUUCAUAAGGAGAACCAAAGUCCUAUGAGUGUCAUUUUAUUUUCUAGUCAAGAAAAUUCAAUUAAAAUUCUGCCAAGCAUGUGCUUUGGUUUAUGAAGAAUAGAUGGCCAACUAAUGUUCUCUGAAGUAUUCUCAACGGUGUAGUCAUUUGUACAUCAUUCAUGUCAUUGGAUAUUUGGUAAUGAUGUACAUAUAAAAAGGACCAAAGUUUAUAUCGAA